AUGUUGGUUCCCCCCCUCGCUCGCCGCCGAGAGAAGGCGGAGGCACCUUUUCCGCUCGCCGUGGCGGGCGUGGCCGCCGACGCGCUGCACGAAGAGGCGGCGGGGCCCAGCGGCCUGACGCCCGACAGCCGACCACCCCCCGAGAGGACGCGGCCGACGCGCCGCCCCGCAGGCCUUGCGGGCGAGAGACGCGGCCCGCAUCCUCUCGACUGGUAUCAGCUGCAGGCGUCUGGCCCGACCAGAGGCGGGCGCGCCGUGCACGAGUGCCGGCAAGUUCUUGGCGGUUUGAUCAGGAAGUCUGUUGGCUGCUCAUUUGUGGAUGCAUGCGCUCGCAGGGUCGUCUUUGACUUGAUGGCUUUCGAGGCGACGGUGGGCCAGCUCCCGAAUUCUACUGUCGUCAGUGUGACUAGGCGGACUGACGGAGCAAGGGCUGCGCGGUGCCCGAUUUUCACGGCUACGCUCACAGAGUUGCAUGGGUACCAGCCGUGCGAGUGCAACCACGACGCGAACGAGGCACCUCGGUUCCUGGUCAACGGGCGUGACCUGGUCGCGCGGAUUAGCCUGCGGGGACCGGCUUCAGCGACGCAGUUCAUCGAGUCGGAUGGGAGCGUGGACCUCAUGGGCAUGUGCUACCAGGCUACGGUGUGGCGUUGGCAGGUCUGCUUCACUGGUGUUGGAGACAGCAGCAUGGUACGGAGCGUGGCGCUGGGUGUUCUCGCGGCAUUGGCCGCUUUGGACACGAUUCCUCGCAAGCCAGCCCCAUUAAUCGGCGAGCUGCACAAGGCCCGCAUCAUGGGUGGCCACGUCGGGCUCUACUCGGACGUCUUCGAACACGCCAUGGAGUGGAAGACGUCUCGCUUGCCUGAGCGGCUCAGGAAGAUUCGUGAUGGCGAGCCUGUUUGCGAGAACUCGCUAUUGGACGAGGCGUUGAUUCAACCGUGGAUCAACUUGAAUACGGACAUUCUGUGUGCCUUCGCGACGCCGUCCGCUUUCGCUGUGCACACCGAGGCCGUGUUCUAG